AAACACAGGCAAAUUCGAGGACCCUCGGAUCCAUGUACGCUGCGCUAUAUAUGGCCGUCCGCACUGCAUGCCUCCGGAGCACGUACCGUUCGUUCGCCGUGGCAGCGACAUCGACAUGAGCAAGAGGCGCGGGGCGACGGAGAGCGCCGGGAACGACCCGGCCGGCGCGCCGGUGCGCCUCCCGGGGUCGCCGCGGCGCGGCGCGAGCCGGGGCGGCGUGUUCGAGUGCAGGACGUGCGGCAGGCGGUUCCCGACGUACCAGGCGCUGGGCGGGCACCGGGCCAGCCACGGGCGACAUCUCCCCAGCGCCAGCGGGCUGCGCGACGGCGACGCCCUCGGGCUCCGGCUGCUGGAGCCACGCGGUGGAGAGGCGAGGCCGAGGACGCAUGGGUGCCCCGUCUGCGGCGUGGAGUUCGCUGUCGGGCAGGCGCUCGGCGGGCACAUGAAGCGGCACCGUGACAUGGCCGACGCCGACGCCGACGCGAACGCGCACGGCACCAUGGCGGCAACGUCCGUGAAGGAUGACGGCGCUGGAGCCGGCUGCACGGCCGAGAUCUGCCUGGACUUGAACCUGGCGCAGGCGGAGAACUGCGCAAAGUGCAGGAAUGCUAGGGCCAGCGGCGAAGCCCAGAGACCGCUACUAGGGUGGAAUCCGUGA